ACACACACGGGAACUCAUGCGACAUCGACAUUUUUGUGUGCUUAGGCUUUAGCUUCAGUUACUGAUAAUAUAGGAUCCUUUUUUCUAAAAACAAAGAUAACGGUUUCAUAAAAUGUUGGCUGAAUAACUCACGAAACUCAAAAUUCGAUAUAAUCAAUGAUCUAUCACUGAAAAUAUCAGAACUUAAUGAAGCCGGGAUUCAAUGAAAAACACUGCCAGCGUGUUGAUGCUAUGGCCAUGGGCGCUGCCAUAUUGUCUGAAUGAAAAAUAUACUGCCAUCAACGAUCUGUCUGUAAUAUAGUUUGUGUUUCACAAAAUAUGUUAUUCCUCCGCGCAUAUUAAAGUAUUAAAUCAACAUUAAAAUCGUUUAAUUAUGCGUUUUUAUUUCAAUAAUCCUUUGAAUAUUGUUUUUCGGAUUUCCUUUAGUUCAAAAUUUCUCAAUAUUUGAGCCUGGAUAAAGAACUAUAUUAUACGUUGUUGCUAUGGUGCAGGGAUAUCUGUAUACAAUAAGCUGUGAGUAGACGUCAGACUAGACCGUGAUGUCGUGCAGAGCUAGCGUUCAAAACAAAUGUCAAUUCGACCUUUCCAUUUUUCUUAAAAUAUUAAACAAAUCAGUAACUUUUAGAGGGUAAUUUCCUGAGAAAUUUCUGUCAUGGAAGGAGUAGGAGAUGGUCCAUCUAUAGUUGUUGACAGUGGAGUUGAUGAUGGGACAAUUUUAGAAGAGGGAACUGGCACAGAGAAUGAGAUUCCAGCUGAUGCUUUGGCAGCAGUCGGCGAGUUGAAAGACGAGCUUGACCAGAUUGUUUUAGAACCUCCUAAAAUAGACAUGACUCCUUCAGACCUUCCUCUGCAAAGCUACCCUCUAACUUACAGGGAGAAUGACAACAAAGAGAAGCUGGUGUUGGCUUAUGCAGAAAACUUCCGACGACAGUAUGUUCAUCUUUACAGAGACCGCAAACCACUUCUUCUGUGCCCUCUAAAUGAGUGUGGGGUAGAAAAGUUUGUCUGUACCACAAUCAGACCCACAACACUACCAUACCAGGAACUUUAUGACUAUGACGGCUGUGCAGAAUUCGUUUCUGACUAUAUCACUUUUGAACCCCUUGAUCCUUCUGUAGACUUGCCCAAAUCAUUACUAUCUUCAACCACCGUACUGAGAAGACAGAGGGGGAACUGCUUUGAGAUGAGUACAUUGCUGUGCUCUUUGCUACUCGGAGCUGGUUAUGAUGCUUAUGUAGUCUGUGGCUAUGCAACAAGAGAGAUGACACUAUGUGAUGAAACCAGAGAAAUAUGCCCACUCUUGAAGAAGAAGAAUGAGGUGAAAAAGGAAGAGAAAAAGAAGGAGAUGAAGAAAUAUUCAGUAAAACCUCCUAAGGAUCUCAGAAGUAAGUUCAUCUUGGAAAUGGAAGCCAGGAAAGAGGCUGAACAAGCUAAAGAAGAGGAACAGAGGAAAAAGGAGAUGGAAGAAAAACAGGAGGAACUUGAGAAGCCACCUUCCGAUGACCUGUAUGGUUUAAGAGUACACUGCUGGGUACUGGUUCUUAGUGGUAAGAGAGAGGUUCCUGAAAACUUCUUCAUUGAACCAUUGACCGGUAACAGCUACUCCACACAACACGACGGCUAUCUUGGAAUAGAAUCACUCUGGAACAAUCAUAACUAUUGGGUCAACAUGCAGGACUGUUCUAAUGGCUGCAAGGACUUGACCUUUGAUCUUGGUGACUGUGUCAGGUGGGAGUUCAUGUUUCCAAGCAAUGAGAAACCAACCCUGGAUAUACCUGACAUGGAUGAAGAUGCUCUGGAUUUUGAUGACGAUGAGGAUGAAGAGAAAGAGGAAGACAAGCAUCUAGACAUGCCACCAUCCUGGGUCAGUCCUUUGGAGCUAUCUCUCAAGGAAUUCCAGCAUCGCUGUCCUCAGGGCAAGAAGACUCUCACCUACAAACGAGCCAAGCUAGAGAAGUUUGCCCACUAUCUUAUGAAAGAUGGUCUUGUCAUCAGGCUCUCUGUUUAUCAUGAUAAAGAGAUGAAAGAUCUUAUACAGGUAAAGGAGACCUUUUCACAUCGAAGAGAUAAACUUCACUUACGGGUGCACAACCACAGGACAGGUCUGAUCACGGAGUAUUACCACCAGGGAAGACCAUUACAUCUUAAAGAACAAUCUUACGGUCAAUGGCCUGACAGUGAACGUACCAUGAUCUUCUAUCAUCAUGCUAGAGUAGAUGGUUUGACAAGGCGAGAAGAGAAUGCACUAGAAAUGACUGAACACUUUGAUAACAGGGAUGACUUCCUGUUAUAUCGUCAUGUGGUGUUUGGUAAACGACUAAAGAAGCUAGAACCAGCUGGAACCGCACCUUCAUCAAAUCCAAGACCCAUCUUGAAAAUCGUUGAGAAGUUCCGUCGGAACAAGGCCAAGAAAGCCAACGAGGAUAUCGCGGAAUGCGUCUACCUCAUCUCAGAAGACCGCAUCCAGUUGACCUUCCAUCAUCAAGACGACAAGAUCACCGCCUCCACCCGAGACUUCAUCAAACCACCCAAUGCCAACGACAAAGGUGCAGUCUUGACCUUCUCACAGGAUAUUACCUCUACAUUCAGGGUGGAUCCCCUGGCUGCACCCCCAAAGGACCUGUUUAUUUAUAACCUAUUGGUUGAGUUGGUAGACAAAGAGGACAAGACUGUACAUAGUGUGAGAGAAUCAGAGGAUGAGGUAAAAGAAAUUCUGUCAGAAAGAAAAGAGGAGGAGGUUCGGUCAGAACUGGACAUAUCUGUUUAUGAUACAGAACGUAAUGAGAAAGCAAAACAACAUCGGAUUGAAAGGGAGAGACUUCAGAUGGAAGAAAAGAAGCGUAGAGAGGAGAUGGAGCUGGACUACCUUGCCCCGUUCCUGGCCCAGAUUGGAGACCCGGAAAAACUGAACCGACAGCAAGCCUUGAAGCUCAAAGAAGAUUGCCUAGCAGACCUCAAGAUGAGACUCAUUGACAAAGCUAACCUGAUUCAAUCCAGAUUUGAAAAGGAAACCGUUGAACUUCAUAAGAAACAGACUUGGUAUCAGAACAACCAGAUGAACAUGCAGAAAGAAGAUGAAGAGGAGUAUCUAGAGUAUUGCAGUGAAGCAAUGUUCCGCAUUCACAUCCUGGAGCUCAGACUCAACAGGCACAAGGAGAUGGCACCUCAUAAAUACAUGGCACUUGAUCAGAAGCUGAAAACUGACCAAAGAUUGUCCGAAUUCUUCUGAGCGCUGAUGGACGAUUGGACCUAGAAACUGAACCACUCACACUUUUGUUAUCCUUAUAAGAACUGAACUACUGAGGCCCAGAAGACAACGCUCAGUGAUAUUAAGCCUAUUUGAAAGGCUUUAUUGCAUAUAAUGAUCAGUUGGAUCAAUCUUAGAAAUGUCCAAUGAUCGAAUGCUUAGCUUUGUGUUAUGGGGCCCUGGUAGCCUGUCUACUUCCAAGACUGCACUUUCCUAGUAUUUGAUGUCAUCGUCCAUAAAAGAAACAUCCCAUCAUUGCAUUCUUCCGAACAUAUCAGACACAAAUUUAUUCUGAAAUUAUUGAAAGUACAUAGGCUAUAAUUGACUUGCUCAAAAGGUAGUCAUAUGAUUUCCACAACCAGCCUAAUAUUAGGAUUGGUGCUGUGACUACAAAUCCUAUUAUUUUGUAGCCAUUCCUAAAUAGAGUAUCUCAAAAAUUAUAUCCUACAAUUCUGUAACUGUUCUUAAUUCUUUCUUUGAUAUUCCGUCCAAAAUGUGUAAUAUCUGUGCUUCUUUAAUUUCUGUGCAUUUGGUUUUCACAUCUUUGUAUUUUUAUUAACAGAUUGCAAGUUGAAUUUUGUUAUGAAUCACCAUUCACUGAAUGGCUUUUGAAUACCCUUUUACAAAGUAAAUCUUAAAACUUUGGUUUUGGUUCAUGAUUUAUCUUGAAAAAGGAUAUUUGUAAAAUGGUCUAAUAACAGGUGUGUGAUGAAAAUUAGGACGGAAACACCUUGAAAACUAAGUUUAUGCAUAUCUAGGUAUGUAAAUAUACCUUCUCUACAUUGUGUUGCAUGAUUUACACAUGGAAUAUCAAGAUAUGUUAAAGAUGGAUGUGUAUAUAUACAUGUAUGUAAAUUCUUUUGCUAGAGAUAUUUGUAUUUUGUGAAUGGAAUUGUAAGUAUAUAUUGUAUAUCAAAGGACUGUAUGAAAAUAAAUUAUGGAAAAUAUUGCAUAUCUUA